UUCUAUGGAAGUCGCCAUGUUUUGAUCAUGUGACCAAUGACAGUAGUUCGUACAUAAUUGAGGAAUUAUACAUAAAACAUUUUUUUCCAACGAUGGCCAAGAUGGCGAAGUUCUACGAAGACUUAAUCACAUUAUCAAAUUCGAUUUCACCAGGUCUCGCAAGAUACUUUCAAUAUGAAGCAGCAUCAAAACAAGAAGGAAAAGGUGUAACAGAAAUGUUCCGGCAACAGAUUUGUUUCUUCUGUGGAAAUCGUCUGAUGCCUGGCAACUAUCAAAUACGGAUGUCACCACGCUGCCAGCUGACUACCAAAGUCAAACGACUUAUUGCUCGAAGUGAAAGUAAAACUCCUUUCAUGGGACGCUUUCAGAAGAAACUUUUGAAAGAUUAUAUGGAAAGCUGUAACAUGCUGAGAGUUACAUGCCAGGUGUGUAAGAAGACCAUGUUGAUCCCUGGUCAGUCUCGAGCCAUUAGGCUUCAGGGGCGGCAGAUUCAGAAACAGGUGGAAGUUGCUGCAACAGUGAAAUCCAAGCGACAGAAGAAGCGUGAGAAAGCAACCGCUAGAAUGAAGCGCAAGUUGGAUGAUGACUCCAAUGCUGGCCUUAGUUUGCCUGGCCAUAGUACUGUGGAAUGUGAUGCUUCAAAUAGCAAUGAGAGAAAACCAACAACUGAAGACAUUUGCACCUUGGUGGGUCCUGACCAACACACAUCAGCAGUUAGUAACACGAUAUUGCCUAUCCACCAACCUCCAAUAAAGAAGCCUGUGUUAUUUUUCAAUCAACCGAAGGUCAAACGCGCACAAGAGUGUGUGAGUUUACCAUCUCAGAGUUCAACAAAUUCAUCCAAAAAGAAGAAAACUUUAAAGAGGUCCAAACAGCUCAGUCAGAUGCUGAGGAAAGAGAAGUUGAAACAAGACGGUUCUGGGCCAUCACUCACAGAUUUUCUCUCCAGUUUGUAGUGGUUGUAGUCAAUCAAAGUUUGGAUUUGUCAUUUGUUGAUUUUGGUAGUGCCGACCUUUUAUACAACAAUAUACUUCUCUUUUUCGAUGUUUCAAUUGUUGACUUCCAAAAUGUGCUGUAACCCUGCUUUCCAUAAGGUUUUGAAUGAAACAAAAACGGUUUGUUGUUUCAGAUUUAAAUAGUUGCUUGAUUUAUAAUUGAAGUCAAUUAUGGUAUCUGUGAAAAUCUGAUAUUCCUUAGUAAUAGUUGCUAAUAGUUGUUAAAUAUAAAACUAGUAUUUUGAAUUGGACUACAUAUUUAUAGUCAUAUCAUCAUUUGUCCCAAGGCUUUAGAUAACUUUUGGGUAUAUUGGGUAAUUGCCCCCUGUUUUUGACAUCAAUAGGGUUUUUGUAAAUAUAAUAAGAGUUUUAGCAAACCUUUCCACCCCCUACUUUUGAGCUUAAUUGGGGUUUUCACCCCCGGUUUCUUAACUCAAUUGGGUAAUUUAGGGAAUGACAUACAUAAUGAAUAAAAAUCUACUUAGGUUACUAUAUUAUUUAUACAAAUGGAAUUCAAAAAGGUACUUGUACAUAACAACAAACAAUUACUGAAUUUCUGAUCAAAGUCUGUGGUUUAAAUUGUACACUACAAGUUACUAACGACUCUCUUUUUACAUCCACGAGUGGCCAUUUUGAUUUUUUCAGAUAAUGAAAAUAGAAAUCGGACAGGUCUUCAAAUAAUUACAAUAAUACCCGAAAGAUUGAUAACCGCUGGAAAGACUGCCUUCUUUUUUUUAUAGGAUGGCAUAUAAACUAUCCUGUACAUUUUUGUACCGAAAAUAACCAGUCCAAAAAAUACAGCCGGUGUUCGUAAGAAUUGCGUUUCGUGACGCAAGGUUUUUUACAUAAAUUACGUUAUUCAAUUUGUAUUUGCGUUUUUGUGCGCUUUAUUUUGAAGUUAAUUACGUUUUUGGUUAUUUUAAUUGCGUACAUGUAAUAACGCAAAUACGGUUGUUAUUUAUAGCCCUGUUUGUCCUGACUUCUUUGGUCUUUGUAAUUGGAGCAGUUGCAUUGUUAGAACUAGCAAUGUGUUUUUGUCAAAAUGAGAAAUUUAUAUCUCCAAAAAUUGCUUAAACAGAAAAUACUCUUUAAAAUAACCAAAACGACUUGUGUGAGGUAAAAUUGAUUUAAAUUAUUAAAUUAUAGAUAAAUAUGCAAUAUGUGACUCGUUGAUUUGGUAUAAUUUCUUUCCAAGAUAUUCAGGAUUUUUAUCUCCAAAUUGGGAAAAUUAAAAUUGGUGCUGAUUGAGAGGGUACCCAUAAGUAAAAGUUAGGGAGAUUAAGUUUAUAAAGGGGAAAACCCAAUUUCAUUGUAACCAUAGUUAAUAUUACGUUACUUGCGAAAGUAAUCAAAUGUUUUAUUUUUACUGUUUGGUACGGUAGCAUCAUAUAAGCAUUGUGGCUCUCCCUAGCUAUGAGAGCUAUUGAUGGUGUAGGGAUUUUCUUUUGUGUUGCUGGUCUCCAAUAGAGUGUUGGUCUAAUACAAUGAUAUCCUUCAGGGGUUUCGUGAAGAUCUGGGAGCUUGUGGUUUUUUGCUGACUAUUUUGACUAGAGUACUUGCUAUUUUUUUCAGAAAAUAUUGUAUGUUAAUGAUACGUUAUUUUACGAAUUUGGAGAGGAACUGCGUAAUAGAUGGGAGUCAUUAAUUUGCAGGUCUCCAAAACAAAUACUGAUUAUUCUAAUGUAUUCUACAAUGACAGAGUGACAUUGUACAAACACUUUAAAUAUUACGCAUGUCUGUAGGUUGUUUUUAAUCGAGAGUACCAGUAUUAAGUCUUUGGACAAAACUUUCCUAGGCCAUUGUAAAAUAAAGUCAAAAAGGUGAACAAUUGGAAACCCUCAGUACAAGUUAAUAAUAACUUUACAUUAUGUGGUGUAUUGACAACAAGUUCUGGUUAGAGAAACAAUAAUUUGGAUCUUACAUUUAUCACAGUGAACAUGCAUUCAAACAGUUUAUGAUGCAUUCAAUAAACUUUAUUAAAUAAUUACACAUGUU